AAAAGUCUACGUGGGGAAGAAAGGUUGGUUCGACCGCGCUUGAGUCGUUCGGACACCUCGCACGCAAGCAGCACCCAUGUCCAAUCCAGGUUAACCCCGUCCCACACCUCCACAAACACCACCCCCCACCUCCCCCCCCCCCCCCCGACCCCCAACCCCCACCCGUCGGGCAAAUGGACGCGUUGAGUGGCGGCCGGGGCGUAUAAAUGGGACGCGGAGCCGACCGCCCGUAAUGCUGCGCCGGGUGCGGCAGUCUCUCCGGCAGGUGCUGAUUCUGAUGGCCCGGAGACCGGCGCUGCUCUGCGGGACUCUGGGGCUCGGCGUCCUGCUCGUACUGGCCGUCAGGUUCACGUGCAGCCGCGCGAGAGAUGUGGUGGCGGCGGCCCGGCCUCCGGUGCGGUUCUUCUCUGCCGAGGCCCCGGUGGUCGACCUCUACCUGGGUCAGCUCGACCAGGUGGAGCGUCUCCGGAGCCUGGCGGAGGUGUCGCUCAUCUUCUUCUACGCGCCGUGGUGCGCUCACUCCAUGGCGGCCCGCCAGGAGGUGCAGCAGGUGGCGAAGAAACUGGCCAAACAGGUGCAGUUUUUGGCCGUUAACUGCUGGUGGAGUCACGGGAAAUGCAGGAAGCAGAACCGCUUCUAUCAGUACCCGGUCAUCCAUCUGUUUUAUAGGAGGUUUGGCCCCAUAGAAUACAAGGGUCCGUUCGUGGCUCCGUAUGUAGAAAGCUUCGUGCUCCGAGUCAUCACGCCGCUCACGUACCUCCCGUCCAGAGCCACGCUGGAGGAGUUCCUCUCCUGCCACGAGCCUCGAGUGGUGGGUUUCUUCCAGUUCAACUCCUCCCCUCAGCCGCCCGGAUACGUCACCUAUCUGUCUUCUGCGCUGCAGGCUCUCAGGAGGGAUUUCCGUGGCGUCGUGCGUUUCGGAGUCGUGACCAACAAACAGGUGGCCGAGGCCAUCUCGGUGAAGGAAGAUGAAACGGUUUAUCUGUACAGAAGAUUUAACUCCUCUUUGGUUUUCCCCCGAAGGGAGUUCAACUUCACCUCGGAGGCCAUCUGCAGCUGGGUGUUUGAGCACCGCGAGACCGUCCUCCAGUGGCUGCAGCCGCCGGGCACUAAGUCCCGCCUCCUGGAGCGCGAGCUCACCAAGGGCCCCGCGCUGCUGCUGUUCCUGCCGCACGAUCCGCUCGGGUCCGAACCCGAUCCCGUGCUGCAGGAGAUCGCAGACAUCGCUGUGCGUUACCAUUCCUGCGACAUCAUCAAACGCUCCUCCUCCUCCUCCUCCUCCUCCUCCUCCUCCCGCGCUCAAUGCUGCCGGUCCCUCCUCCUCCCGGAGUCCAGCACCAGCGUGUGCGAGGUGUGCCUCAGUGUGUCCCCGGGGAGCCCGGCCGGCCCCUCCGCCGGAUGCCCCCCGCCCCCCGGGCCUCAUCUCGGGCGCUGCUGCCGGCGCGGCUCGACCUCGGCGGGCUGCGGCGGCUUCGUGAGCAGCUACAGCCCGUCCGCGGGUCGCCACAGCGCCUGCUGCAGAGCGGUGGCGCCUCAGCUCGACGACCCGGGGCCCCUCCCCCCCGCGGCCCCCGCCCCCUCCUCCUCCUCCGGCGUGGCGGGGCUGCGGUGCCGCACCAACCGGACGCUCCGGUUCUACGUGCUGGACGUGGCGCUGAACUGGCCCCUGGCGGUGCGGCUCGGGGCGCCGGCCAACCGGAGCGGGCGCCGGGACGCCGCGGGCGACUGCCCGUUCGCGACUAUCGUCAACCUGAGGGACGAGGUCCACUACGUCCUCCGGCGCCGCCCGGCGGCCACGCUCACCGAGUCUCUGGAGGCCUUCAUCAGGAACUUCAGUGCUCCGUACAGCCUGCUGCAGAGACACCUGGUGGGAGAAGAAGAAGAAGAAGAAGACCGGAGUGGAGGAGAAGGGGAGACGCGGCGCCUCCUCAUCACUGAACUCACCACCUCCUCCUUCCUGCCCGCCGUCAUGGACCUCCAAAAGGAUGUGCUGUUGUUCUACUACACUCAGUGGUGUGGAUUCUGCUCUGUCCUCAACCACGUCAUCAUCCAGCUGGCCAGGUUAUUGCAGGGAAACGGCACCAUCACUGUGGCCAGGGUGAACGUUGCACGUAAUGAUCUUCCGUGGGAGUUCAUGGUGGAUCACGUCCCUGCUAUUCUUCUAUUUCCAAAAUACAGAAAAAACGAAAGCGUGAAGUUUCCCGACGACCUUCCCAUCACCCUGCCCAACCUGCUUCACUUCAUCCUGCAGCACUCGGGCUCGGCGCAGCACGCAGACAGACCCGCGGCGGGGCCGGGGGGGGGCGACGGCGGCGGCGGCGUCCUCCGCGCGGAGUUCGCGGCGCUCCAGCGGGAGGUGCAGGCGCUGAGUCACGCCCGCCAGCGCCUCUCCCAGCAGCUGGCGCAGCUGUGGCGCGACAACCGCCGGCUGACCUUUGACGCCCUCAGCCUGGAGGCCCAGAACGCGGAGCUGCGCAGGGAGAGGCGGAGCCUGGAGGAGCAGCACCGGGAGAAGAGCCGGCAGCUGGGGGCGGCGGUGGGGCGCCUGCGGGAGCUGGCGGACACCUCGGAGAGCCUGCUGAACGAGAACGCGCUGCUCAGGGUGCUGCUGGUGGCGCUCAAGGACCGGGCGGAGGUCCCGGGGCAGGCGGAGGCGGACAGAGAAGAGGCGGAACAGAGAAGAAGCCACAUGGCCUCUUGACCGCAAGUCUGUGGUUUCUCUCACGGGAAGAAAACCAAAAAAAAAAUGGCGGCUGCGAUCAGUCGAACAGAGAUCUAAGGCCGCUGCGGUCAGGGCGGUGGAAGAAGAAGAAGAAGAAGAAGAAGUGGAUGGGUUAGAGAGAGGGGUGAGGGAACGUGGUCUCAUCCCCUCUACGGAAAACACUAGAAUGGGAAUUCAGAGCCAAAUGUGCUUUCAAAAAAAUGUUCUCUCUGUUGAAAAGGCUGCAGACGAGUUUAACCUCACGGACCCUGCAGCCCAGUUAUCUACAUCCCCCGUUAGUUUGCAUAAGAAAGGCGCUUCUCACACAACCUGUAGCUCAUUACAUCAGCCUGCGUGGUAAAGUCUGUACAAUUUCCACAUCACGGAUUCUAUCAACAGUCCUUGUACGGUUUCUGUUUCACUUGUGUUGAAUCCAAACUGUGUUUUCCUCAUGGCUAAUUGAUUUAACUUGUACCUUUUAUGCCUUACUGCUGCUGAUCAUUGGCACUAAAAAAAAAAAAACUACUCUUCCUGAUGUUUUCACUUUAAAAGGCUUCUUUUGAAAGGAAUGAUUGCAGGGCACGAGAGGUUUAAUACAUGGCUUCAAAUCAUAUUUGAAAUUAAGAAAUAAAAUAUGACACUUCAACGGCUGAUUAAAGUCCAAUCAACAUUUUUGAGGAUGAGCUUCUUCCUCCAGAUCAGUAAGUCCCAAAGUCGUGAUGUUAUCGAGUGUGAAGUCCGGAGCUGCUCCAUCGAAAUGAGUGAAAGAUGAGUCUCACCCACACAACGUGAUGCAGGUUUCCUUUUUUAUUCCCUAAAGAGCUUUAUUCUAUUCCAGGAUUCUAUUGUUUUAAGGUUGUGUCCAAAUUUCCACAACGACACGCAUUUAGGUAUGCUAAAAAAAAAAAAAUUAUAGUAAUAAACCUAAAGUACAUUUUUUUUUUUUUUGCAGCAAAAAUAGAACUUUAAGCAAUUUUAUGUCACACAAUGCAAUAAAGUAGAAACAUCAUUAUUGACACUAUUGCGGAUGGCUUUGUACUGUCAAUCAUGUAUUCCUUUUAAGUUAAGGUAUCAGAUGCCAAUUAAAUAUGCCGUGGAAUUGUUUUCAAAUUAGUUUCUCACGAAUGGUUUGGUCCUAUGAGGUUGCCACUGGUUACCAUGGUUCUUAUUGACAAAGGGGCUCUCAGGAAGUGCGUACUAAUGUUCAUUCCAAAGGGGAUUCUUUUUUGGACCAUCUGCGUAACGUCCAUUUGUUUUAUUGGCCUUAUUUUCCCUUAAAUAUUGUUCAGGGGGUAAAAAUGAACGUCUGAUUCGGGCUCUGCUGGUGGAAUAGUUUACUAGCAACGUGGCAGAAGUAUUGGAAAUAAAGGCCAAACGUACAAAAGCCGCUAUGAUGCUGCUACAAGCUGAGAGGCAAUGGCGCGGUUUCCCCAUCAAUCGCUUAUUAAUUGAUUUGCGGUGGAAUGACUACAGGUCACUGAUGAAGAGUUUGGCUCCAGGGAGGAAGGCCUUUUGAUGAAGAAGAGACUUAUUUAAUACUGAAGAUGUAGCACCUGCUCACCGACCCAGAGUUGAGCCUUAGAGCACUCUAAAUAAAACGUUAAUUAAUUUAACUUUCUGUCUUCUUUUUUUUUUUUUACGGGAUUUGAUUCUUUUGUUUAACUGAUCUAUUUUUACAGGAAUCCUUGAGUCUCUAAAAUAUUAUUUCUUUGUUACUCUUCAGGUAUUCAAAAUGAGAUGCUGCAAUUGUUUACAUGUGAAAUAUUGCACCUGUUUUUACUGAUUAAAAAUAUUUCAACUUA